CACCACCACCACCACCGCACCGCUACACUACUCGGCUCGGCUGCUUCUUCUUCUCCUUCUCCUCAUCCUCCACAUCGCUGCGGAUUCGAGCGGCGAGGCUUGGAUUUUCUCCCGGCGAGAUCUCCCCGGCGGCCGUCUCGCGAUGCCUGAGGCAAAUGCGGGUGGGCGGGCGGCGCCGGCGGCGGAGCAGCGGAGCAAGAACACAACAGAGAUGGAUUUCUUCAGUGAAUAUGGUGACUCCAGCCGAUACAAAAUUCAAGAAAUCGUUGGUAAAGGAAGUUAUGGAGUUGUUUGUUCAGCUAUUGACCAACAUACCGGUGACAAAGUAGCAAUCAAGAAAAUACACAAUAUCUUUGAGCAUCUAUCUGAUGCUGCUAGGAUCCUCCGUGAGAUCAAACUUCUCCGGCUUUUACGGCAUCCUGAUAUUGUCGAGAUCAAACAUAUAAUGUUACCUCCAUCUAGAAGGGACUUCAAAGAUAUUUAUGUUGUCUUCGAACUGAUGGAUACAGACCUCCACCAGGUUAUUAAGGCUAAUGAUGACUUAACGAAGGAACAUCAUCAGUUCUUUCUGUAUCAAAUGCUUCGAGCAUUGAAAUAUAUCCAUACUGCUAAUGUUUAUCAUCGUGAUUUAAAGCCCAAAAAUAUAUUAGCAAAUGCUAACUGUAAGCUCAAGAUAUGUGAUUUUGGACUAGCAAGAGUUGCAUUUAAUGACACUCCUACAACAGUUUUCUGGACGGACUACGUUGCAACUAGAUGGUACAGGGCUCCUGAGCUGUGUGGGUCUUUCUUUUCUAAGUAUUCACCAGCUAUAGAUACAUGGAGUAUUGGUUGCAUUUUUGCGGAGAUUUUGACUGGAAAACCUUUGUUCCCUGGUAAAAAUGUGGUUCAUCAAUUGGACUUGAUGACUGAUCUCUUGGGUACACCAUCAAUGGAUGCUAUUUCAAGGAUUCGGAAUGACAAGGCAAGGAGGUAUCUGAGCAGCAUGAGGAGGAAGCAGCCAGUACCUUUUUCAGAAAAGUUCCCAAAUGUAGAUCCUUUGGCACUCAAGCUCUUACAAAGGCUUCUAGCAUUUGAUCCGAAGGAUCGACCUACUGCAGAAGAGGCGUUGGCUGAUCCAUAUUUUAAAGGCCUUGCAAAAGUGGAGAGAGAACCAUCAUGCCAACCAAUUUCAAAAAUGGAGUUUGAGUUUGAGCGAAGAAAGGUUACCAAAGAUGAUAUCAAGGAACUUAUAUUCCGUGAGAUAUUAGAGUAUCAUCCUCAGCUUCUGAAGGAUUACAUGAAUGGCUCCGAAAACACGAGCUUUCUAUAUCCAAGUGCUGUUGAUAAUUUCCGGAGGCAAUUUGCCAUCUUAGAGGAAAACGGAGGAAAGAGUGGUGCACUAGAUAGGAAGCAUGUUUCUCUUCCAAGGGCUACAACAGUUCACUCUACAUCAAUUCCUCCAAAUGAAGGCCUAGAUGCAACAUCCCAAGUUACUCAAAGGAUCCCAACAGCUAGACCAGGAAGAACGGUUGGUCCGGUAUUACCAUUCGAGAAUCCAGGCGCCGCAGAUCCGCACAGCGCACGGAGGGUGGUGAGGAAUCCGAUGGUUCCUCCAGCAGCUGCCAACAAGUCAGGAUACAGCUACAACCUAAAGUCAGACUACUCUGAUAGGCAACAUCAGGAAGAGCUUGAGAAAGAUCGUGUGCAGUACAGGCCUGCACAACACUUGAUGGAUGCUAAAGUUGCUCCAGAUACAGCCCCGGACAUACGGUCUUCACAAUACUACUUUACGAGGAGUGCUCCCAGAACUGAUCUAACAGACAGGGCUGCACUCCAGGGGAGCAUGCUAUACGGCAUUGCUCCGUUCAACGGCAUCGCAGCAGUUGCUGGUGGAUACAGCAAGGUUGGUGCCGUUCAAUAUGGUGUUUCAAGGAUGUACUAGAGUUUUAGUCAGGCAGUUGUGGAAUUGCUCCAUAGAUGAGCAAGAUGGGAAUGCCGGAGCAUGGCUUUGUGUUGUGCCCAUCCACCCAGAUAUAAGGCUGGCAAGGGAAUUGGUCGCAUCUGGUCAUGGAUGCAGGCGAAGGUUGAAGAAAGGAGAAGGGAAACUCCUAUUCCAUCUCAGGCGGCCAUUGUCCAUUUGAAAUGGCAGUGAGCUCGCGAUGGUGAAAGAGGAAAAGAGGGAGAGAAAGUUCAUGGUGGAAUUUCUCGCACUUUAUUUGUUGUGGAGAAAAGGAGAAAAUGUGAAUAACAGCACUAGGCUGGGCUUGUGUACAUACCUGCAACCCUUGAUUUUUUUUUCUUGUUUUCUUGCUAGAAGCUGUUGCUUCUUGUGUAAACCUGCAAAAGCAUACUCCGAAAAUGAAUCAUUCGCCAAAAAAUUGAGACGGCGGAUUAUUUGGUAGAAUGUUAUGCUAGCUA